AUGACCUAUCUAUCUGGUGUGGAUGUUUGCUCACCAUGGAGAUAGCAGUAGCUGGGUGAAUCAUUCACACUUGGACAGUCUGAGCUUCAUUGACAUAAAAGCUGUUGGAACCCCCUGCAGGCGUCGGAUGUUCCGAGCCCCAUAUACAUAACAGUGGUUGGACGAUCUACCUUGCUCUGGAUGUUUGAGCCCCAUGGAGAUAACAUUAGUUGGGUGAGCCACCUGUACUUGGAAAGUGUGAGUUUCAUCUGCGUAACAGUGGUUGGAAGACCCAGCUGCGGCCGGAGGUGUCAGCUCUGUUGGGAUUGUAUGAGCAAUGUUCGAUGAACAGCGGUUGGACGACUCGGGAGUUAUUGGACGAUUCCAGGUUAUGUGCAUAACAUCGGAAUGGACAAUUCAGCAGGGGUUGGACGUAUCGGAAGCCCGUAGAAACAGCAGUUGGUUGGAUACACAGUGAGACAUUGAAACUAGGUCACCUCAGGUUGACACCUAAGCAGUGAAACAGGAAAGAUACAAAUAGUCUACCUGAUGCCACAUUGUGGUGAUUACUUCAAAGGCCUUGAAGCUUUUAGGAGGAGCCUCAGGUGCAUAUAUAAGAUUAGUUACACAGACAGUGGAUAAUUCAGUGUAUGUUUGCAGCUGAACCAUGAAGAUGGUCCAGUACUAGUGUGAAGUACUUUACAAAACAACAAGAAUGAGAAACAAAAGAUAGAAUGUCACAUGACAUUUAUUCAACAUACAAUAACAGAGGCGAAUGGUACUACCAGCAUCACAAUAUGGCCCUAAGAGUUGAGGAAUAUACACAGUUGAGGGAAUCUACACCCUCUCCCUUGCGCAACAUACAGCAGAGAAGGAGGCAUGAAAGAGUCUCUAAUGACAGGCUGUAUAACACAGAGAACACAUAUCAACACAACCUUCUGGUUCCACACAAUGUACCUGUGUACCCUAGACACCCCCAACCCUUUGACUUAAGGGUUGUAGGUCUGACAAAAACAGGUUACAACAAGUUAGUCAUGACAUAGGACUGUCACCGAAGACCAAGGUUACAAUGGACCGCCAACUCGGUACAACAAACGGCCACAAAACGUUUAUCAUGCUCCUACUACAGCAGAGACAUGACCCAUUGUUCUGUCAACUGUAGGCGAAGCAAAGAACCCAAUACAGGCCUUAAAGCUCAAAGGUUGUGUCCCGAAGUCUCCUGUAGCAGCGGCCGCAAUGGUGGUCUUGGUAGCAGCGUCACAUCGGCAAAGAUUGGCAGAUAUGAAAACAGGUUUUCUUCACAAAGCCACAGCAUGCCUAGAUCACAUAGACCGUCCACUGGCACACAUCAGAAACCUGUGACUGUGGACAAUAUUAAGAAGAGAUCGGUCGACAUGUCCUACAAUCAGCCUGGUUCUCAGUCGAGCAUUAAAAGUGGUUGCAGAAAGAGGGCCUGGAUGUUCAACAGGAGACCGAACAACAGUGAGGAAGUAGACAGUGGCACAUCAGAGGUUACCAUGUCACGGAUACCAAUGAGGAGGCUAACCUACCUAGACUGUCACAAUUCUGUACCCAAACAUGUCGCGGAAAGGGUAUCCUCUCCAGUCAAACAUAGUGUACCUAUCAAACAAAAAAGUACCAGAGUGGCUGGAGUCCAACAAGACCCUGAUACUGAACCAUGUGUAUCUGCUGAGCCAGAGUAUCAGUAUACAGAAGAUGCUGCCUGUUCUGGGACGGUAUGCACUGUGCCUAAUUCCCCCACGACGCAAACCCAGGAGCCAGACUCUGAUGAGACUCAGACCCCAGAAUCUGCUGAGACACAGACCGAGGAGCCAGACUCUGAUGAGACUCAGGCCAAUGAUGUAGUGUCUGCUGAGACUCAGAACCCAGACUCUGAUGAGACUCAGACCAAGGAGCCAGACUUGGAUGAAACUCAGACCAAUGAGGUAGUGUCCGCUCAGACUGUGUCUGCUGCGACUCAGACCCCAGAAUCUGCUGAGACACAGACCGAGGAGCCAGACUCUGAUGAGACUCAGACCAAGGAGCCAGACUCUGAUGAGACUCAGACCAAGGAGGUAGUGUCUGCUGUACCCAAGCCCCAGUCUACAACUGAUCCAUCGUUCCAACAACCUAUUGGUGAAACAUGUGAAAUGUCUCACAAUGUGCCUGAAUGUAGAGUUGACCAUGCAAUUGUAUUAGCUGCGCCUGGGUAUCAAGAUAGGGCUGAUGAAGUUGUCUCUGCGACAGAGCACGUAACCAGGGCCGGGUGUGCUACCUCAAAGGAACCUGAGACUGCCGUGGAUAGCAUCACAGCCAUGUCUGGGUGUGAUACAUCAGAGGAGGUUGCUGCUGCCCUGGAUAGCAUGACAUGUGUCACGGGUACCGAGAGAGUUCCGGAUGAUAUGCUAACCGAUGUGGAAUAUGCAAACGCCUUUCAAGAGUGUGAAGUGUCUCAAUUCUAUGCAUCCCGAGCCGCAUUUCAGUAGGCCACAGUGGAACGUUGACUCUUGUCCAGGUUCCAUAUUUUCUGCUACAACCGAUCCCCUUCCCACCCAGCCUACAGAUGUGGAACUCAACGCCUUCAAUGCCUGUAUUGGUGACAUGGACCCUCUCGGGUACCUAGACAACUCCAUGUUUGCUCUUGAGAGGGUCUGUGGUGAAUAUGUAUUUCAACAACAACAACAGUCGGCACAGCCUCUAGAGGCCCAGCAGGUUGAGGUGCAUCUGGAAACAUUUCAUCAAGUGCCUAGACCGCAGCAGGAGGCCCGGGUCCUACAUCCCGAACAACCAGCAUCUCAAGUGCCUGAAACGUCACAGCAGACUGUUGAUUGUUCCCCAUACCACCACAAUCCGAAGCGGCUGUCACCUAUGAAGAACCCGUGCCUGGUCCCAGCCGAUAUAACCUGGACAGCGACGGGGCUACCGUGUCGUCCAUUGCGAUGAUAAUCCCGGUGGUGAAACAGUUUAUUAUUAUAUGCGGCACAUGUAAAAAAGAAGUUCAACAGAGCGUUCAUCUGUAACAACUACUCGAUUCAUCUGAACAGGCCCAUGCAAUGUGCUGGCGGCUGUGUAUUGUGCACACUGUGUUACAGUGAACAAAGUGGUUGCCGCCUACACAAUAUAUCGUCCACAAGGCCCGCUGUAAGCACCACAGCCAACACCGUUGCAAAUUGCCCUGCUCUGGAGAAUGUAGGAGACUGGGAUCUGGAACUCAACAUAGAUGAUAUGUUCAAGACUGACAAGGAGGUCAACGUCCAUUUGCAGCUGAUUAUGAAUGAGGAGCAAUCCCCUGGAGUUGACACCCUGAAAAGAGCGUUCAACCAUCUCAUCACAGUGAAUGACACCAUGUCCUUCAGGUACUGGGUAAACGAAGCAAUUGCCAGAAGAGGUGGCCUACAGAUAUGUCUGCAUCCCUCAUGUACCUGGGUUCUUGGAUCACGUUGUGGUGGGAACCCGUCCCCUUCCCAGAACAGAGAAGCUGAUCGGACCAGAUGACUCCCUACCGAGAUUGUUCAAUGUGUCACUUGGGUCCUACAGGUUUCAUUGGUGCCGUUUUGUCUUGAAGAAACAGAUCAUUUUGACUACUUCGUUGCCCAGGAGAGGGCAGUCUAAGGUAGUCACAGUUGUUGGCAACACACUGAGAAACCUCACCUGGAGCAGAGAGUUUAGAAGAAUGGUAUUCUAUCUGUGGAGGUGGUUUACAGCUCAGUACGUGUCACCACAAGACAGGCGGCUUAACCUUGUGUUAGAUUGUAAACCCAGUGAAGGUGCUACUUUGGUCCAUGUCAUAGCUUUGUUGGCCUCCAGGAUUGGGAUGGAAACAGUAACACCUCACCUGGCCCAGCAACGGGCCAAAGAUGAUAGCAAUUACUGCUUCAAUGGCAGGAAUGCCAAUAACAUGUUGGUAAUUCAGAUGGUAAUUCCGGAGGUAAUUACAUCGAUAUUGUUGAGGAGUUUAGCUCCUACCACAACAGUGGCGAUGAUGGUAUUGGUCUCCCUCGCGUGUCCACAACCAUAGAGUAUUACAGUUUCCUUUAAAGUAGAGCAAUGAUGUUUGUAUAUGGUUACCAAUUUCACGUGUGUACAAUUUUAUACCUUACUUUAAUUGACCAUAUUACACCUGAGUAAUGUGUAUACUCUUUUGUACCUACCCUUUUCUACUUUUCUAUCAGCCAACUGUAUAUAUCUAUUGCCUUGAAAUAAAAUAUGUCUUGCACAUACA